GGGCCGGGGCGAGGCGCGGGCGGAGCCGCGUCCGGAGCGCAGCGGCGCGAUGGGGUCGGUGCCGGCGCUGGGGCUGCUGCUGCUGCUGGUCCUCGGCCGGGGGGCGGAUGGGCUCCACUCCCUGCGCUACUUCUACGUUGCGGUGUCAGAGCCCAGCCCGGGGCUGCCCCAGUUCACAGCCGUGGGGUACGUGGACGGGAUCCUCAUCUCACAGUACAGCAGCAACACGGGGAGAGUGGUGCCGAGGGUGAAGUGGAUGGAGGACAACAUGGACCCUGAGUACUGGGAGGGACAGACCCAGAUUGAGAGGAGCAAUGAGCAGAUCGGCCUUAUGAACCUGGACACGCUGCGGAGCCGCUACAACCAGAGCGGGAGGGCUCACACGCUGCAGGUCAUGUCUGGCUGUGACCUGCUGGAGGACGAGAGCACCAGGGGCUAUUGGCAGUACGCCUACGAUGGGAGGGACUUCAUCGCCUUCGACAUGGACACGAUGACGUUCACCGCGGCGGAUGCGGCCGCACUGGUCACCAAGAGGAAGUGGGAGGAGGACGGGACAGUGGCUGAGAGGAUGAAGCACUACCUGGAGAGCACCUGCAUCGAGUGGCUGAAGAAAUACGUGAGCCACGGGCAGGAGAUGCUGGAGAGGAAAGAGCCCCCCACGGUGCGAGUGUCGGGGCAGGAGGCCCACGGGGUGCUGAGCCUGCGCUGCCGCGCGUACGGCUUCUACCCGCGGCCCAUCUCCGUCAGCUGGCUGAAGGACGGCGAGGUCAGGGACCAGGACACCGAGUGGGGCGGCGUGGCGCCCAACAGCGACGGCACCUACUACACCUGGGCCUCCAUCGAGGCCCGUCCCGAGGACAGGGACAAGUACCGGUGCCGCGUGGAGCACGCCGGCCUGCCCGAGCCCGGCCUCUACGCCUGGGAGCCGGACUCCAACCCGUUGCCCAUCGUGCUGGGGGUGGCGGGUGCCCUCGUUGUUGCCAUCGCAGCCAUCGCUGGGGUUCUGCUGUACACACGCAUGUCUGGGAACCCCGAGGGCUACAAGGCGCCACCCAGCAAGGCCUGAGCAGCCCGGCAGCGGCGACACCCGGUGACACGGGGCAGGGGGCGCUUGUCACCUUCCCUGCCCACAAUAAACCCGCUCUGGGCUCA